AUGAGUGAAGAUAGAGAAAAAUUAAAUUUUGAGAGAGAGAAAAAAAUAAGUAGCUUAUCAAAAAUAUACCAUAGAAAAUUAGAAACAUUACUUAUUUAUAUAAAUAUUCCUAAAAAAAAGAAAAAUAAACUUUAUUUUGAUGAUUUUUUUAAUAUAGAGGAAAUAUGUUCCUAUAUAAAUACAAUAAAUAAUGAUGAAGAAAAGCAUGAAAAGGACUACUUAGAUGAUAACAAAAAUAGAAAGAGUAACGAUAAUUGUAAUGAAAAUAUUAAGAUAAACGGAGUUAUUAAACCUUGUGAAGAUAGUUAUACUAGUAGAAAUAUUAAUAUAAACACAGAAAAUGAAAUAAAGACAGAUAAAAAUAUCUUUAUAAAAAAUUUGUUAAUAUUUUUAAAUAAUUUAAUUAUUUUAUAUUUUUCAAAGAGUGAUUUAAUAGAUGUUUGUAUAAAUAGAAGGAGUUAUAAUAAAUGUGGUUUUUAUGCUUGUGAUAAUACUUUUCUUAAUAAUAUAAAUAAAAGUAAAUAUAAAAUUGAUGCAAAAAAUAAGAAUAUAUAUUUAAGAGAAUACUAUGAUUUAUUUUGCUCUACUAAUUGUAUGAAUUUUAAUUUACACUUAUUAAAAGAAAUAAUAAAUAAAACAAAAAAUUCUACAGAAAAUUUAGAUUGUAAAAAAAAAUGUCAGCUUAUUCACAUAAUGUUUUUAACAUUUUUUCCUUUUUUUAAAUUUUACGAUAUAAAAUUUUUAUUUAAUAAUAUUGAUAAAGUAAAUAUUCAAAAUAACAAAAUAUAUAUUCAAAACGAAGAAUUACAAAAAAAUAAAUUAAUUAUGUUAAAAAUAGAAAAUAAAACAGAUAAAGAAGAUAAUCGUCUAAAAUCAGAUGUGCUCAAAAAAUCAUCUGUAGGUCAUAUUUCAUUUGUAGUAAGAGAAAAUAUUGACAGUAUUGAAGAUGAAAACAACAAUAACAUAAAAGAAAUUAUACAAGAUAAUAAAAAUAGUUUAAAAGAAAUUACACAAGAUAAUAAAAAUAGUUUAAAAGAAAUUAUACAAGAAGAUAAUAUUACGGAAAAUUUUGAAAAUGAUGAAAUAAAAAAAUAUGAUAAAUCAAUUGAAGAGAUAAAGGAAGAUGAUAAAAUGCUAUUAAUGGAUAAAAAAAAUAAAAUAAAAAUAAUUAAUGAAAAAAAAUCUAAAAAAGUCAGUUUCAAUGAAGAUAUCAAAUUUUUCAAAUAUUAUAAAGAUGAAUGCAUUGGUGAAUAUUAUGUCGAUGAAAUAUCUAUUAACAAAAAGAAUAGCAAAAAGGAGGUUGAAAAAAAUGAAAAAUUUAGUAAUUUUAAUAUAAAAGAAUUAGAAGAAACUUCUAACAUUUUAAGUGAAACCUUUUUUAAAUCUAAAGAAGGUAUAUAUAAUUUUGAAAAUCAGUCUUGUAAUAAGUUAACAGAAGUUGAUGAUUCUUUGUAUAAAUUUAAAAGUAGCUCUGAUAUAGAAAACGAAAGGAAAAAUGAAUAUUUUAAUAAAAAAUUAAUUGAAGUUUUGGAUAAUAAAAAUAAUUCAUAUAUAAAUAAAAAUUCAAUUGACAAAAAGGAUAAUGUAAUAAAUAAAAAUAUUAAUGAUUGUAUAACCGAUAAAAUUCAUCAAAUAGAAAAUGAAAAUACAAAUGAAGAUUUAACUGAAAAUAUAAAUGAGGAAAAUUAUGGAGAAAAAAAAAUUUUUUUAAAUAAAACAGAAAAUACUGAAACAAAUAUGAAAAAGGAAGAUUCACAUAAUGAUAUGAAUGAAAAGCAUGAAGAAGUAAAAAAUUUUGUAUUCCUUAAAAAAAAAUAUUCAUUCGAUGAUAUAAUGAAAUCAUCAAUUUUUGAUACAACAAAAGUUAUAGGCUUUGAUUAUGAAAAGCAAGAUUUAAUAAAUUGUGCAUCAGUAAAAAUGAAUGAAAUUAAUUUAAAAUACUCUAAAGAGAGGAAUGAAAAAAAAAUUAUAUUAUUAAAUUCAACAAAUGAAAAUAAAAAUAAUGAUAAAAUACUUUCACAUAAUUCAUAUACUUAUAAUGAAAAUUGUAAAAGCAUUUUUAAAAGUGAAAUUGAUAACCAAAAUUUAAAGGAUGAUCAAAAUCAUAAUAAAAUUUUUCUAGAAAAUUCAAAAAUGUAUGAAUAUUUUAAUGAAAAUAAAAAAGAUUAUGAUGAGAAAAUCAUUGAAUAUAAUGAACAAGAUGAAUUUAAUAAAAAGAAAGAUAAUGAAAUUAAUGAAAAAAAUUAUCAUGAUGUAAAUGAAAAAGUUUAUGAUGAAGUAGAAGAGAAAGGCAGUGAUAAAAUGAAUGGUCAAAAAAGCUAUGAAAUGAACGAAAAAAACAUUAAUGAAAUUAAGGAAAAAAAUAUGAAUGAAAUUAAGGAAAAAAAUACGAAUGAAAUUAAGGAAAAAAAUAUGAAUGAAAUUAAGGAAAAAAAUAUGAAUGAAACGAACAAGCAAAAUAAAAAUGAAACGAACAAUCAAAAUAAAGAUGAAACGAACGAACAAAAUGAAGAUAAAGUGAAUGAAACCGAUGAAGAUUUUGAUGAAAUAAAUCUGCAGGAUUUAUUAUUGGAAAAAAAAAAAAAAAUUAGAGGAGAAUAUAUGAAGAAUUUUAAAAAAGAUAUUGCAGUAAACUUUGAUUCUUGUUCAGAUAAUGAUAAUGAUGAUGAAAAAAAAAAGUUGAAAAUAAAUUAUAGUAAAUAUUUAUAUACCACAAAUAAAGAUAAUGUUUAUGAAGACCUAUCUCUAUAUGUGGUUUUAUGGGAUAUAUUUACCAAUAAUAUUUCAAAGUAUACUGUUCACUUUUUUACAAAAAAUGAAUUUAUUAUUCCUAAAUCAAUAAAUGAAGUGGAAAAAGAAAGAAAAAAUGAAUUUUUAUACAACAUUUCUCAAUAUAUUCCUGCAUAUAUCAAUUCUAUUUCGUCCAUUAUUUUAAAUAUUUGCAGAACCUUUUUAUUUCAUAGACCACUUUUACCUUUUAAAAAAAUAAUUUAUAAAUCAAUCAUUUGCAUUAUUGCAAUUGCAGUUAAAAGACAUAAAUUAGAAUUAAUUCCUACAUGUGAAUUAAAUAAUAUAAAAAAAGCAGAAGAUUAUUUAACUUCCAAAAAUAAAAUUGAACAGGAAGAAUUAAACGACUUAUCUAUGCUUUUUUUUCAAAAUAAUUUCUAUUAA